AAAGCUGGUUGCUGAAUUCAGCCUCCUCCUGCACCUUGUGCCAUCUGCCAGAGUCCCAGGCUGGGGAGUCAGCUUCCCUGUCACAGAGUCCCUGCUGUGCAGCAGCUCCAUUUGUGAGGACCAUGUCCCUGCUUUCAUCGCUUCUUCUCCUUCUCCUGAGUGUGCUGACACUGCAUGCAGAAAGUGUGCCCAGUGAGGAUGCCCGAACCUGCCCUGUGAUUGCCUGUGCUUCUCCAGGACUGAAUGGCUUCCCAGGCAAAGACGGACAUGAUGGUGCCAAGGGAGAAAAAGGAGAACCAGGUCAAGGACUCAGGGGAUUGCAAGGCCCCCCUGGGAAACUGGGCCCUCCAGGACCCCCAGGGGCCCCCGGAAAGAGUGGAGUAAUGGGACCAAAAGGAGACCCAGGAGAAUGUCCAGUGUGUGAUACUAGCCUGGCUGAUAGAGACAAGGAAGCUCUGCGAUCUGAACUGCAACAGAUCAAAAAGUGGUUAUUGUUCUCCACUAGCAAAAAGGUUGGGAAGAAGCUUUUCUUGAGCAGUGGCGAACAGGUGAGUUUUGACAAAGUGAAGGCUCUUUGUGCUCAAUUCGGGGGCUUGGUGCCCACUCCCCAAAACGAGGAUGAGAACAGGGCCAUCAGAAGUGCCGCCCGGGAAAACCCGUUCCUGGGCAUCACAGACCAGGAGAACGAAGGCCAGUUUGUGGACAUGAAAGGAGCAAGACUGACCUACACAAACUGGAACCAGGGUGAGCCUAACGACGCCAGCCCUGGGGAGGACUGUGUGGUGGUCCUGUCAGAUGGCAAGUGGAAUGACAUCCCCUGCUCCUCGGUGUGUGAGGCGGUCUGUGAGUUCUCUGUCUGAGGGAGAACCCGUCAGGUCCCUUUGUCCCAGAGGCCCACGCUCUGCUUGAAAAGAUAAAACAUAGCGGUGAACCCAGAGCCACUCCUGUGUUGCUCUUUUGUGGAGAAAGCAGAGGAGAAUGGAUGAUGGGACUUGGAAGUGAGAAGAGAGAGAAGUCUGACGAGAGCUCAGUGCUUCAGUCUGAAUCAAUAAAAAUGACUGUUAACAGUAAGAAAUCAAUAUCAGUAGUGAAAGUGAAGUAGUAAUACUAAGUAUCUUGCAAAUGUUUACUGUAAACGUGACCCUAUAUUUUAUAUCUUGCAAUGAUUACCUAAAGCUAAUUAAACUAUAAUUAUUUUGUUUUAGUCAUGUUUACUUGCGAAGGCAUUAAAAUAAAAUGUGCAUAUUUUUUCCA